AUGUCCCUUCCUGAUAUAGACCCUUAUGAUGUGUUGGGCGUGCCUAGGGACGCUACUCUCGCCGAAGUCCGGGCCGCCCAUCGCAAACGAGUAUUGAAGUGUCAUCCCGAUAAGAUCCAAGAUCAGGCUCAGCGAGAUGUCGCUCAAGAAGAAUUCCAAGAGGUGCAAGCGGCCUACGAACUUCUCUCCGAUCCAGACCGUCGACUCCGCUACGACCAGAAGUUGAGACUGGCAGAAUUGAAACGACAGUUGGAGAAAGAACAACGGGCGAAGCAGGCAGAAAUGGCGGCACGUGGUAUGCCCUCCGCACGCGAGAUGCGCGAGGGCCACGUUGUGGAGGAGCGCGUGCCUUUUGAUGCUUUCUUUGAAGAUCAAAGAUACAGUGAAGAGCCCCGAUCCUUCGCUCGCAAGGCCGAUGAGUUCGUGAAACGACCCAAGGCAAAGGAAGAGAAGAAGAAGACGACCCGAGUUCCAUUAAGCAGUGAACGUGCUGCCAAGGAAUCUCGCGAUAACACCAAAGCUUCUCAUUCCGAGCGACAGCGACGCCGCGACAAAGAGCGCCGGGGACAACAGUCUGAUAAAUACGAAUCUUUUCAUGUGGUGUCUGACGGAGACUCUGACUCCAGUGAUACUGGAGCGUAUGAUCCCAAGCCGCCUCGUCGGUCUCGAGAAUCUCGAGAGUCUCGCUCUCGGCCUACAGAGUCGUCUUCUCGACGUCGCGACCGAGAUGUGCGGGACGUCUACGAGGAAGAUCAAUAUUACAAGCUCAGCAAGGCCGAGGAACACAUUGAGCGUUCAAAGUAUGAUGAUUCUCGACCCCGGAUGUCUCCACAGCGAUCCCGUGGUUACGAUUCGGCUGAACCAGAGACCGCCGCUCCCCGGCGCUCGGGACGGUCCUCCCGGACGGACCCAACUCGCUCGUCCUCGCGCCACAACUCCUCUUACGAAGACUUGGAGCCGCGCUACGAUUCGGGCAAGCCGCCUAAGAUCCCCACUGCGACGACAAUGCCGGGUCCAAAAACAUCUCUUCGUCCAACAUUGUUCGGCGGGAGUCGCUCAGCCACCGCCUCGGCAUACACUCGCCCUAAGCGGGACUCAUCUCGCAGCCGGCCAGAUGACAUCCUCCAUAAGAUGGCCAGUGAGCCUGUCCCGCCACGUUCGUCCAAGCUACGCGAGAAAUAUGACUCGGGCUACUCUAGCCCCAACACACCCGAACUCCCACCCAAGGGCUCCCCAAAGGUUACUGCUCGGUACGAGAUCAAGGACACUACCAUUAUCGAACCUCCAAAGACCUCCAGGUACCGCAAUCUCUCGCCUGAAAGAGAACGAGAGCGUACACCUCGCAUGGCUCCACCCAAGCGGGCAAGUACCUUCCAGUCAUUCAUGAGCGAGUCAAGUCCUCGCAUUGAGGUCCGCUCUGUACGACCCUCCCGAACCCACACCAACGUGGAAUACUCCCCACAGUUCCGAAGUGAAGACGUCAAAUACACCCGGGAAAUCCGGCCUAGCGAUGUCAACGUCUCACCCGGUCACAAUUAUUAUUAUACCGAUCAUGUCCCUCAUGCCCGUUCACGUCGACCCUCCGUGGCCUAUGCACAAUGA